AUGGCCUCCCACAGACUGGGAGUCCCCGCUCCAAUAAUAAGUGACCGGCAAUUUUCGAAGCCCCUAAUGUGCGGUCCGGGGCCGAACGACUUAUACCCAGCUGUGGCCGCAGCAUAUGCUGCGCCUGUCAUAUCGCCUGCUUGUGCGGAAUAUUAUAAGGUGAUCGAAGACAUUCGCGCCGGCAUUCAGUACGCGUUCCAAACGCGUAGCAACCUGGUGUUAGCCGUCAGCGGGUCCGGGCACGCUGGCAUGGAGACCGUGAUCUGCAACCUGCUCGCGCCGGGGGAGCUGCUACUCGUGCCCAGUCGGGGAUUAUGGGACGAACGGGCUAAGGACAUGGCCAGGAGAUAUGGUAUCAGAGUAGAAACUAUCAAAACUUCAGAACCUUUCACGACGUUCUCUCUUGAAGAGCUGGAGUCAGCCUUGGAGCGGCAUCGUCCCGCUGGCCUGUUCAUCACCCACGGCGACUCCUCUACGGGUACCCUGCAGACCUUGAAAGGACUUGGAGAUCUCUGUCAUAAAUAUGACACUCUAUUGCUAGUGGACAUAGUAGCAUCUCUAGGCGCGGAGCCUGUCCUCAUGGACGAGUGGGGUGUAGACGGCGCGUACGCGUCGUGCCAGAAGGCGUUGAGCGGGCCGGCCGGCGUGGCGCCCGUGGCGUUCAGCGCCCGAGCAGACGCGUAUUACGCGUCGUGGCAGAAGGCACUGAGCGGGCCGGCCGGCGUGGCGCCCGUGGCGUUCAGCGCCCGAGCAGAACGAAGCUACUCCGGGUGUCGACGGCGCGUAUGCGUCGUACCAGAAGGCGCUGAGCAGGCCGGCCGGGCGUUCAGCGCCCGAGCAGAAGCAAAAAUAUUUAGCAGGAGUCACGACGUGCCAUUCUACUUCGACAUAACGUUUUUAGCUCGGCAAUGGAAAUGUUAUGACGAUACUUUCUUCUAUCACCACACGUUGAGCAGCCCCCUCCUCUUUGCCCUCCGCGCCUGCCUCUCGCAGCUUGCGCAGGAGUCGCUCCCACGCGCAUGGGCGCGCCACGCCGCCGUCACCGCGCACUUCCACGCGCGUCUGCGCGCACACGGAUUCCGCUUCCUCGUGCGGCGACCGGAGGACCGCAUGAAUGCUAUCACUACUGUGUUACCGGGAAUGGAGUGCAAUACUUUCGUAGCUGAAUUGAGGAGCAAGGCUUGGAGUACUGAGGUGACGAAAGACAGAGGAGAAUGGAAGAGAAAAACAUGUUGUGCCGACCCACAUAACGCGGGAGGGGCAGGGAGAAGAAGAGAGAAGGAUAGUACAGGGUUUAUUCUGAUAAUUAUACAUGGUUACAGGCACAACAUCAUGAUAACCCCCGGGUUGGGGCCGACGGCGGGCGUCGCAGUACGCGUCGGCCUCAUGGGGGCCAACGCGAGCGCCGCCGUGGCUGACCGUGUCGCCGACGCCAUGGCUGACGUAGCGGGGCUUAGAAAUGCCACAGAAUAAGUAAUAGUACUACCGUACAAAAAGGACACUUCCUACAAAACCGAGGUUUGACAGCGGUUCAGGGUCGAAUAUUGAUACCCCUUUCUAACUUAUGGCACUAUCCCUUUCGGCUAUUUAGGGUUGUCAAAAUUCAAGUCAUUAUCUUAUUUGUGGUCGUGCACGCAAAGGGACGUCAAGUUGUGUCAACCCUAAUGAUUGCUCGGAGCAAUGCUGAGCCGAACGGAGCCGGGUUUGCCCGAAGUUCGAAGUGCCUCCCCACUGGAAAUGUGUAGCUUUUCAAGUGUCCUUGAAAGGCUGGGUGGCUAGUCAAGAGGCUAUCGUACAUCGCCAAACGAAACAUAAUGUUAUGGGGAUGACAGAUCUUUUCGACAGAACCGGCAGAAGGUCAUGUGACUUUUCGUAGCA